GUUUUAUGAAAUGAUUUAUCCAAGUGUUCUAUUGUGAGUUAUUCUAGUGCAACUUUCAACCGAAAUUAAUGACAGUCAAAAAAUGAGAAAUAUUAAUGAGUGAUGACUGAGUUAUCAUAGUUAUGUGCAAAGAAAUUAACAAUUUAAGUGAUUUUAAUGAUUGAUAUCCGAUCGAAAAGCAAUUUUGAUAAAAUCGAAAUUUAUUUUUGGAUGCAAUAUUUUUGAAACUACAUUGAGAACGAUCCGUUUUCCAAUAAGUAAUCUAUUGAGAGAGAAAAAUAAAGAGGAACAACAAUCAAGUGCGAUACUUUUAAAUCGAUUUUGUGUAUUCUAUAAAAUGGACAUUAAAUCUAUGCCCGCAUCGGAACAGCUUCAAGAACGUGAACGUCAAACACUAAACAUUCUAGAGAAACUGAUCAAGCAUAACAGUGAAUACGGUGCUGAUUCGGAUAGUGCCGGCGAACAUCAACAUUUGGAAAAAAGUAUACGUGAUGUCAAAAACUUUCAAAGAAUAAUGGAAAAAUUCAAAAUUGACAGCGGCGUUGAAAACCUAAUACAAGACAAUUAUAAAGAUGAUGAAAUCUGCCUCGGUGACACCUCACGCAAAUUCGGAACAAUUACGCCAAGGCACACAAUUGAUGCCAUUCUAGGGUUGAAAAACUGUGAAAAACUAUUGGAUGGUGGAAAGAAUCACGUAAAUGACUUGCGUUCGGAUGCAUUAAAGCGCAUUAGAGCGUCUGACAAUCAACUAAUCACAAAAGAGCAUUUCAUUCGAUUCGAAGCCGAUAAAUGUCAAUCAGGCAGUGCGUAUGAUCAAUCGACAACGGGCCCAGUGAAUGCCGACUACGAUUAUAGCCAAAACGUCGCAGCAUUGAAAGAGCACAAAUCGUAUUUUAUGGAGAAAUCGUAUUACAAUUCGGAUCAACGGAAUCGUCCUUGUAUUGAUUCGUAUAGCGGCGGCGGCGGCGAUGGUGGUGGAGGUGGUGUUGAUGGCAACAACGGUAACAUUGGAACAAACGUGAAUACGACUGCGAAUGACAAAAACAAUCACUCGCAUGAGAACGACUUUGAUGAAUCAGUAUCGAUGAACGGUGAUAAUUAUUUAGUAUCUAGCAGUGGCAACACUGACAACAAUAGACUAAAUUCGAUUCAUAGAAAUACGAAGCGAAAGCAUGCCAAGGACGAUGCAGGUGCCGAUAGCGAUAACAACAGUGUGUUCCAUAAAAUGUAUAAGAAUAACUGUGGCGAUAUUAUGCAAAAUAAAUUCGAAUAUUUAAGUAAUUUCGAUGGGAUUCGGCCGAGGAAUAUUGAUGAAAUGCAGAAUGACGACCAUCGAAUUUCGGAUGGUGAUUAUCGGAAUAUUAGUAGCGAAUUGAAUGCCAAUCGAUGCGGCGCCGGCGGAGGAGGCAGCGACGAUGGUGCCACGAACAUUAAUGUGAACUAUGCAUCCAGCGAUGAUUUGAAUCAAACAAAUACGAGUGAACACGACGACAAAAAUCUCUCAGGCAGUGAAGAUGAAAGCGGUGCACCAGAUGAUGCGUGCAACAAGAAAAAGCAUCGACGCAACCGUACUACAUUCACAACAUACCAAUUGCACGAGUUGGAACGAGCUUUCGAAAAGUCCCAUUACCCUGACGUCUAUUCACGCGAGGAACUAGCGAUGAAAGUCAACUUGCCCGAAGUUAGAGUCCAGGUCUGGUUCCAGAACAGGCGCGCUAAGUGGCGGCGGCAAGAGAAAUCCGAAAGUUUACGUCUGGGUCUGUCACAUUUUUCUCAAUUGCCUCAUCGUAUGGGCUGCAAUGGCGGCCUGCCAAUGGAUACUUGGCUGUCGCCACCUCUUCUCUCGGCAUUACCCGGUUUUUUGUCCCAUCCUCAAACCGUUUAUCCGAGUUAUUUGACACCACCGCUAAGUUUAACGCCAGCAAAUAUUGCGAUGUCAGGCCUUGGUUUAGCUCAUCCACAAAAUAUGCGUUUAUCGUCGCCUCAGCAUCCAAACGGUCCGUCUGCAUUAUCAUCACAAAUGUUGGCAACACAUCGGCAUACACCUCCAAAUCAAAUUCCAUUGCCGCCAGCCGUUUUGGCAACACAAUCACAGUCCCUACCUCCGAUCGCACCAAUCUCAUCGCCUCAAAAUCUGAGCACCAAUUCUCAGGCAAUUAGCGCACGAUCGAACAAUUCUCGGAUUAUAUCACCAAAUUCAUCAUCGUCACCGGAAAAUUUAUCCAAUUCAAAUGACAAAUUGAUGCCAACACAAUUGAAUCAGUAUGAUGACAGCAGUGAUACACUUAACGAUCUCGGUGGAAAUAGCAAAGAUAUCGGCCUUAACACCGACAUGCGAACCAAUUCCAUAGCAACACUCCGCAUCAAAGCUAAAGAACAUUUGGAAAGUAUAAAUAAAGGUUUAGCUAUGGCCUAAUAAUUACUAUGAGCCACAGAUAUAUAUUUGUCCAUGAUAUUCUUCAAAUUUUUUGUCAGACUUUGUUUUACUCGAUAACUGAUGAUGCGUUUAUAUUCAAGAUUUUGGAUUUUGGUUUAAUGGGACAUUCAUGAGAGGCGAACUAGAGUCAAUUUUACUAUUUCUAUUUUGUUUUUCAUUUUAUUCGAUAAUUUUCGAUUCAAGUGCAAACUUGUAUAAUAAUUUAAAACGAAAAUGCGUUUAGCAUUGUGAUUCGCAUUGGAUUACAGUGAUGACUACGACCUAUGCAAUUACUAAAUGCUAACAGAAUUUUUUUCAUGUCUAUACCAGGUGAUUCAUAAUUCCAUGCCAUUUUCUAUACCACUGAAUCAGUGGCACUGAUUCCUUGGCUCAUAGAAAGUAGACAAGUGUGUAGGCAUCUUUUUCGCAGGAUUCAUUUUGGUAAGGAAUCUGCGGUUUAGAGAAUGGCAUGGAAUUAUGAACCACCCUUCAUAAGUUCAAAUAAUUUAAAUAAUGUACGUAUAAUGAUUCUCAUAACCUACGUAAAUGAUAGAAAACCAUUUUUGAGGAAAUGAUAAAUAAACCAUUGAACAUUAUCAACAAUAGUAUAAUAAUCAAGGCACGGCAGCAUGGUUCAUGUUUGUAAACCAAUCCGCCUAUCUUUUAGCAUUGCCUCUGUACUUAGUAUAUAGUCCAUACGAAAUAUACAGAGGCAAUGCUUAAAGAUAGGCAAAUUUGUUUACAAACAAGAAAAAAUAAACAAAACAAAAAUCUCCAUGAGUAAUGUAUUGGCAAUGUAAGACUAAAUGGUGAUCGCAAAAACGGACUGUAUUCGGAAAUAGGCGAAAAGAAAGAAUGCAAAUAAUAUGUUACCGCAUGAGUUGUGAAUGCGACAGAAAGAGAACACGGUAGUGUUUAAUCCAUUAACUGCCAGCCAUAUUUGAAGAUUUUUUUCGGACAGGGUUUUCAAGUUAAACAUUUUAUUAAAUUAAAUGUAAAUAGGCAUAUAAUGAAAGCUACAAACUUAAAAAAAAAAAACUUAUUCUUGUCAAACCAAUACCAGAAUAUGUUUUCAUGAAAAGGUAUGAGCUUAAUUCGAAAAAUUGACUGGUUGGAUUUCCGACCAGUGGCAAUUAUUGGGUUAAACGCGUCAGCAACUGAUUUCAGUUACUGGGCUCAGUUAGCACUGCUGAUGUCAGCUCAUAAUACGU